UUCAUUACUAUGAGGGGAUGGACAGUGACUGGUGCACGCGCACGACUGCAGGAUUGCGACUGUCUUGCGAUCGCGCGCAUUCUCUCCCUCUCUCUCUCUGUGUGUGUGUUUAGUAGGAUCUCAGAGUGAAUCGGGCUCAGAUGCCUUUACCUGAGCACUAGUGUGGACCGAGAGCUUGUUCAACAGAUACUGACAGAUUCAACAUCCACAAUGUUUUGGGGUGUCUCUGAUUUUUUCCAGCUACUCUCCUCAUCACAUUCGCGGGGGUUUUCAGGACUCCGUGCGUUUUACUGAUAUACAUUCAGAUCCAAAAUGGAGUCUUUUAACCAAUCCAGGGGGGCGGGGCUCAUCCAGGGGGAUUAUAACUCCUCCUCCGGUGGACUGGGAUUUCCAGAAACUUCCUUUGGGAAUUACACUGCCAAUGUGUCUGAUCAGAGCAUGCCUUUCCAAGGCAGCAGCACUAUGGUCACUGCAGUCAUAUCCUUCACCGUGUUCAUCGUUGGACUCACCGGCAACACUCUGGCCAUCUACGUGGUUCUGCGCUACGCUAAGAUGAAAACAGUCACAAACAUUUACAUUUUGAACCUAGCCGUGGCUGACGAGCUGUACAUUUUGGGUUUGCCGUUCCUCACAACGCAAAACGUACUGUCAUACUGGCCGUUCGGCUCAUUCCUUUGUCGUGUUGUGAUGACGGCAGACUCGCUAAAUCAAUUCACGAGCAUCUUUUGCUUGACAGUGAUGAGCAUCGAUCGCUAUUUAGCAGUGGUGCAUCCAAUCCGUUCCACUAGAUGGCGCCGACCACGAGUAGCUAAAGCUGUUAGCGCAGCGGUGUGGGCGUUUUCCUUCAUCGUCGUUUUACCGGUGGUGAUAUUCUCCGACGUCCAGGACACUUUUAACUCAUGUAACAUGAGCUGGCCGGAGCCACGAGACAUCUGGUCGACCGCAUUCAUCCUUUACACAGCGACUCUUGGGUUUUUCGGCCCCCUGCUGGUCAUCUGCAUGUGUUACCUUCUCAUCGUGGUUAAAGUGAAGUCGUCCGGAGCGCGUGCAGGAUUUACGAAGCGCAGGCGCUCGGAGAGGAAGGUGACCCGCAUGGUGGUGGUGAUCGUGGUGGUUUUCGUCCUCUGCUGGCUGCCGUUCUACAUCAUCAACAUCGUAAACCUGGUGAUCAUUCUGCCGGAGAACAGCUGGAUGGCGGGUGUGUAUUUUUUCGCCGUCAUCCUGUCGUACGCCAACAGCUGUGCCAAUCCAUUGCUCUACGGGUUUCUGUCGGACAACUUCAAGCAGAGUUUCCGGAAGGUGUUGUGUGUGCGCAAGGCCAAUGGUGUGGAGGAUGGCGAUCCUAGCCUGCCGCGCACCGAGAAAACGACCACCAACGACUCGUUCCUGACACCUCGAAACAAUGACUUUAACGGACACAUGCAGGGCAGCCAGGUGUGGCCUGAGCCUCAAGCCACGCCCCUGAAUGUGCCAGUGACUCCGCCCACCCGUGCAGCAGAGCUCAGUCUUCACCCGGUGCCCGCCGUGGCCACGCCCAGCUCCAGCCGUGACCUUUGACCACAUCCCAACAAUGCCAGGAAGCACCAGGGUCUGCUCGGUCACGCAAAGCAUGGAAGAUCCAGGAAAUUUGAACAGGCCUGCAAAAAUCAUGGAAACUUCUAUUUUGAAUUUAAUAGCUCUAAAGUGAUUUAUUUUAUUUUAUAAUUUACGAAAUAUUAGCUGUAAUUAAAACCAAAAUCUAGUCUGAGAUCACUAUUGAAAAUCUGUUUAUUUUUUAGAAUUUAAUAUGACAUUUUUUUUUUCACGGUUUUAUUUUUAUAUAACAAAUUUAAUGAUGUUACGUACAAUAUAUGUACAAAAUAUAUUAUGUACAAAAACAACUACAAACAUUUUUGUCCAAGAUGCAUACACUAGAUAUCACAUACAGGCUCUGAGCAUGCGUCAAUACAGCCGCCAUAUUGGUACAGUGCUCCCAGGACAAAAGUCAUUCAACCGCACUAGUUAAGACUAAAGCCAAUCUGAAGAUGCUGGACUUUUCGGGUGUAGUAACGAGCAAACAAAGUAUAAAAGCAGAACAUUUUAUAGGUAAGAUUUCGCUUUUUACGAACUUUUGUGAUUUUGAUGAUAAUACAGUCUCUUACUGCACUGACUAUAAGGCGAAGUAGCGCAUACUUGCACCAAAUUCUAGGCUUAUGCUAGUUUUGUUGAAUAAAAUCAGCAAACAAUGUGAACAAAAUAUAUGACAACACGACUCUGCGGUGCCAGAAACGUGAAUUAUUGUCUGCUAAGUGAAGUAACGGCUAGUUUUUGAAGUAACUUAUGUCGAGUUCAGACUGCAUGAUUUUCAAAGUAGUGGUGUCACAGUUGUUUUCACUGCAUGUCUAUCUGGGCUAGCAUUUCCUUGCUGCUUUGUUUACACUGCAAGAUGGAUCAGCGACAGGGACUUUCACAUUGCAUGACUUUACUAUAGGAAGAAUCGCCGACAACUUCGUCCAAACUACGU